CGGUUUAAUCAACCACCCUAUCCAGCUGUGUGCACAAGCAAAUGGUUAUUAUAUAAGCGGAGUAUGCAGGAGCAAAUGUAUAAGUGACCUAGGCAUUUCAUUCAAGCCUCCAUGAACAACUUGAAUGACCCCCCCAGAUGGAACAUCCAACCAGAGCAGGGAGGGGGGGAAGCAGGGGCCGGUGGUGGCCACCAGUGGAACUACGCCCUGCUGGUCCCCAUGCUGGGACUGGCUGCAUUUCGCUGGAUAUGGACGAGGGACUCUCAGAAUGAGAUCCAGAAGGUCAAAGUCCAGUACGACAAAGACGUUUCCGUGGUAAAAAGCGAGAUGGAGGCUCGCUACCGGGACACGCUGACAGAGAGCCGCAGGGCGGUGGCUAUGCUCGAGCUGGAGCUGGAGAAGGAGCAACAGAGGGUGAAAGGAUACCAGCAGGCCCUGGUCUCUCACAGCCAGCAUUUAAUCCAGGAAAGGAAAAAGCUGGAACAGGAGCGAGAGGCGCUGAACGACGAGAAACAAAAGCUUGUCAAAUCUGGCGCCGCCGGUGCUGCGCUGCGUGACGCCCUGGAACGGGAGGCCGAGUGGCACCAGCGAGCCUCAGCCACCCUGAGGGAGCUGGAGGGUCUGCUCGUCGAGCGUCAGAACGCCUACUGCUCUCUCAUCCAGCCCCGGGAUCAGCGGCUGGAGAUGGAGAAGAACAUGCUGCUGAAGGUGGUCAAAAACCCCGUCGCUGCGGAGCUGGGUCUAGAGUCUGACUUGCAGGAUAUCUUCAAGAGAGACAAGCACUGUGCGGAUCUGAUGAACAUGGACAAGAGGAAGAACGGAAGCCUCAUGUGGGUUUACUUGAAGUACUGGCAGCUGCAGAUCACUCUGCAGAAACACAAAAGAGCGGAAGAAGCCAUAUUCGACGGGAGAAUCCAAGGUCACGGAAAGUGACCUCCAUAAGCUGCUUUUGUUAUCGUUUUUGGCUUUGAUGGAUGUUAAGUUAAUGUGGAACAGGGAUCAUCUGAUAGGAAUGUUAUGCAAAUACCUAAGAGGUAAUCUUAUUCCGAUGUUUUUUCCCCAUGUCAUUCAUGAUCUCUGAGUUAAGGGAACAUCAUAAAAGUAUGUCUAAUUUCUGAGGCCUCAAUUCAGACUUGUUAGCUUUAAUUUAACCACGGGGUAAGUUAAAAUGCACUUGGAUACAUCCGGUGGUGUCCAGUAGCACUUUAAAUCAAAGAAAUUGAGACUUUUUUUUUUUUUUUUUACCCUUUUAUCUCAUAGAGAAAUCCGGGUUAAUGCACACAUCUGAUAAUGUAGUUAAAUUCUUUGAUUUAAUUUAUAGGAGUGAAGUAAAACACAGAAUGUUGAUAAAACACAUCAUUUUCUACAUAUUUUAAAGCUGAGUGGAGGUUUUCAAUAACUUGUCGAUGAACUUUUGUGGGAGGUAACGGUGGGACUUGGCUUCAACGUAUCACCACUUCCUCAGUUUUUAAUCAUUUAAAGUAUUUUCCAUCGAAAUUGAAUUAGUCUUAUUGGGUCUGAAAUGUUUGAUUUUGUGAGAUAUCUUGGUGAUGGCACUUUACUGACGCUGCAUGUGUAAGUAAAAUAAAACUUCAAUAAAAACACAAGAAUGCUCAGAUGGUUCUGCACUGUAAUGCUCAUGUAAAAUGAAUUCAUAUGUGUAGCCUUUUUAUUGGGAAACCAGGCUUUAUGCUUUUUUUUUUUGUUUUGUUUUUUUUACUUUAUUAAAGUGCUGGAUUUCAUGUCAUGAGUACACAUGUAUUGAUAACAACAACUAUGUGCAAUUAUCUGAAUAUAUUUUUUUCCAAGAAC